AUGAGCAACCCGCAAAGCAGCUUUUCUGUCAAAAAUAACUAUCACGUUCCCCCAAAAACACCCGGACAAGACAGUGAGGACUAUGGGAACAAGCCACAGGGCUUGCCACCAAAGCUAGGCAACUUCCAAAAGCUGUACGAGACUCGACCGUUGGCCGUGACAGAUCAGCGGGGAACGGUUACUUCUUAUUCAUCAGCAGCUACCGACGCAAAAGUGAAUGAAGUCAUCGACUUUAAUGACUUGGCACAACAACCAUUUACGGACCAAGUGGCGAAACUAGGAGAUUUUCAAAGAUUGCAGAUUCACCUCCAUGGUCGACAUCCCGUCCUUGGUAAUAAUACCUUGAAAACUAGACAGCAGCUCAGUGCGGUUGGAUUUGAAACAGCACCUGCGAACUGGUCGAUCGGCGACAACGCUCAGAAAUGUCAUGGUAAAAAAGAUACUGAGCGAACUCCGUUUCAUCACUUGGUUUGUGUCGCCCAGGCGACAGAUAGUUCUCUUUCAAAUGAUAGCUGCCUAGCAUCCGGCCUCGAGCGUAAUGCCAAGGCUCAACUUGGGCUUCUUUCAGCGACUUUCCACAAUCCAAGAAGAGAACCAGAUCGCAACCCUGGCAUUCUUUGUCCGGGAUACAGCAAUCCCCGGUGUUCAAUUCUGUCAACUGCCAAGACAUGUAAUAGAACGGCCAACAUCGCCAGGAUAUUGUCGUAUAAAUUCGACAAAGAAGGGCCAGUCACCUCUAUCCUAGGCGUAAAGUCUACCUUGGACCAGCAGCAUGAAUCAUUGUCAUUGAAGCUAGUUCCACUCCGAGCCGUAGAUACCACAUUGGCAAUGCAAGAUGACCAAACAGCCAGGAACGGAGUACACAUCUUCUUAGAUAUGUCAAACAUCAACAUAAGCUUUCACAGUGCUUUAAAGGGCAAGUUCUCAAUUGAGGGGCAUGCUCGUUUUGUGCCGCUACCUCAACUGAAUUUACAGUUUCUCACAGAAAUUCUUGUUCGUGAUCGGAAGAUUAUAACUCUCAACGCAGGCUGCUCUGUUCUGCCUCAUCGCCACGAGCCUCGAUUUGUUCAGGAACUCCGAGACUUGGGCUAUCGUGUCGAUCUUAGAGAGAGAAAACGAGCAAAUGAACCUAAGAGAGGGGCAAAUGAUGAUUUUAAAGCUGGAGAAGCGUCUUCUUCAGACGAAUUGGUCUUCUCUCGCAACGGCGGUCGUUAUGUAGAGGAGUUGGUGGACGAGACACUACAAACCCGUAUCGCAGAAUCAGUCAUGGAAUUCUUCAAGGAUCAGGGCACACUUGUGAUAGCAACAGGUGAUGCACGACCAGCAAAGUAUUCAGACGGAUUCUUUGCCUAUGCUGAAAGAGCCCUGAGAAUGGGAUGGAAUGUGGAGGUGGUGUCGUGGAGGGCCAGCCUAUCGUCCCAUUGGAACAGACCAAAUUGGGUUGAACAAUGGAGCGGACGAUUCCGAGUCAUUGAAUUGGAUGACUAUAUCGACCAUCUCCUAACUUUAGAGCUUAAUGCAGCGCUUUUCGAGAUUUUCAAACUACAGUAUAAAUCAGGCUGGCCAUGUUUAGACCCAGUUAUCUCCCUCUUUCGACGGUAUGAGCUCACUCAGCGGUCUAUAUCUUGCUACAUCGAGAUACUAUUUACUCUCAAGAACAACACUUGCGUAAAUGGAAUCAGAAUACUACUCACAUUUAACGUACAAAUUGAACUUGCGGUACUGGCAAUUGAGCAUUUCGCCGGAUCUAGUAUUGCAUGUCUCACUCAGAACCUAGAACCUGUCAACUUGCCACCACCAGACGUAGUCUAUCUUUGGCAUCCACUGUCUCACUACCUAGGUAGAAAAAAUUAUGCCUAUUCAAUAGCCGAUGGCGAGCCUUCAACUUCCGGGUUAUUUGGCGUUUCAUAUGCAGCAUAUAGGUCCGACCAGAACUGCAAGUCUCAGCAAGAUGUUGACGAUGACAUCCAGAGACUGGCAGGUUACUAUUCCUUUGUCCGAGCCUACGGCACAGACUAUGACCAAGUUCCUAUGCUGUAUUCUGCAGCCAAGAAACAUGGAAUGAAGCUCUUCUUGGGUAUACGGAACCCGUCCUCUGUUGAAGAUGAGGCCAACAAGAUCAUUUCUGGAGUUGACGGUGACUGGGAUAUGGUGCACACAGUUAGCGUUGGAACCGAGCGGGUCAGCAGCGGUGAGACAUCUCCCAAGAAUGUGACUUGGUCAAUGAGCAAGGCGCGGUCGAUUCUCCGAGAAGCGGGUUACGAUGGCCCUGUGGUCAUAGUAGAUACCUUCACGGCGGUUUUAGCCCAUCCGAGCUGCGUGACGAGUAAGACUACUGUGCAAUCAAUGCACAUGCCUUUUUUGACGGCACGAUUGAUGUGUCGCAAUCUGGGGAAUGGUUGA